AUGUCGGCGGCCCUGUGCAUGGACAGUGCCCCGCAGCCGCGGCGAGCGGCGAGCACCAGGGCAACUUAUGUCGGCGACCCUGGGGCCGCCUUCAUCACCUUUGGCCUCGGCAGCUGGAUCUCCAUCAAUAGCGUGGGACCUGCCCAGUGGCGAUCAGAUCAUUUUCCGACACCGAUCUUCGUGCAGUCCUCCUUCUUGGUGUAUCACCUGCCCGAGCAUUGGGCCUUGACCACCUGGAGUGUUGGGGAUCGGAUCGUGGUGGCUCUACAGUUGGCCAACUUCUGCGUAAUGCUGGUCUUGCGACCCUUGGUGAAGCGCCCUGCGCCAGCUUGGGCUCUGCUGAGCAGCAUGCUGCUGCUGUUGGGCUUCGGUGCCUGUGUCGCGUUGGCCGCCGGCGUCUACCGAAGCACCGCAUGGCUUUUCGGCGCUGAACGUUCCGCGGGACUUUUGGCCAUGACCUUCGUGGCAGGUGUCGCGAGUUGCGGCAGUUCUUUGGUUUUCUAUCCUUUGGCAGCCCAUUUCCCAAGGCGCUACACCACUGCCCUGGCGAUCGGGGAAGGCUUGAGUGGCUCCAUUGCGGGGGUGCUGGGCAUGCUGCAGAACGCUGGCGGCGCGCCGCAGAGUUUCGCCAUGGCCUUCGGUCUGGCUGCGGUGCUGUGUGUCGUUUCUGCGCUGGGGCUUAUGUUCAUCCAUCGCCAGCGCAGCACGAAGCUGGAAGAUGAUGCUCCAUCGUCACCUCUGGCAGCCGACCAGGGCUCCCAGGGCUCCGUUUCGGCCGGUCAAGGAGUCUCUCCGGGCUACGCCGGCUUCGUGGCCCUUUUCCUGGGAGCCGCUUUGAACUUUGGCCUUCUGCCAUCCUUGAACCCCAUCGCAUGUUCUCACUACAGAGACUCUCAAACAGUCUUGCUGUGGAGCAAUGCGGUGAUUUAUGGUUUUGAUCCCAUUAGCCGCCUCAUGACCGCGUGGACCAGCUUCAGGCACCUCAACGUUUUGACGUCUCUCUUUAGCCUGGCUGCGCUGGUGGUGGUGCUGUUGGCCAAAUGGCCAAAGGCGUUGGCCACCUUUGAUCAACGCUGGGUUGUCCCCAUGGCCAACGUUGUCUUUGCGACCUGCUUCGGCUACGCGCGCACCAUGGCCUUUCUGGUCUUGAAGGACGCUCCCAAUGCCGCACGGCUCUACUGGAUUGCUGGAAUGGUGCUACAAGCUGGCAGCUUUUGUGGCAGCGUCGCCUCUUGGCCGAAGGUGGCAGGGUUGCAACCCCCAGAAUUCCAGCCGCUGGCCAUGGCCCCGCUGUAG